AUGAACAACGAUGCGACGACGGAUGGAGACUGGAUUUGUGGCGAUGGCGCGUCGCCGACAAGCCGUAUUUGGACGAAAAAACUUGGGCAAACUAUGAAUUGCUGGUUCACGUGGAUCACAGUACUCUGCACGAUUCGAUAUGGCCUAUCGCUUGACGCCCUUCGACGUGUCGAUGGAAGCCAUUAUGCUCGUCGGCGACACGUCCAAAUGCGACGAGUCACUUCGGGAUUCCAUCGAGAUGCGCCAACUCCAUUUUUCGACAAUGUCAUUCAUUCGCCAUUAGAAAAUAAGCGAAUCUAUACCAAAGACAAUUUUUAUAUUAAUGCGAUUCAUCCGAAAUCGAAAGAAGCACAAUUGUAUGAAAGCAUGUUGGUUGAUGGAAAAGGCUCCGUCAACGAUAUUGACGCAUUCUUUGUGACGCCGCCUCCUUCUAGAACCACGCUAGCCCCCAGACGAGAAGGAUGGAACGAUUUGCCAAAGGAUAUGAACCUUAUCAAGGUUUCGCAGGGUAGCGUGAAGGAUGAGGAAGAGGUGAUUCCGACGAAGCCGCCACUCAAGCUGGUCACACUUCCGCCAUUGAUGCAAGCCACCCUUCCGCCAUUCAAGCAUAACAACCCGGUUCAAUUUAGUCAGUCGCAGUGGCAAUUAGAACCAAUCGCGCCUCCGGUGAGAUUCCCCGCGCAGCCAUGGCAAAUUCCGCCACCGAAUGGUCCAACGACGCCAAAUCCAUUGGCACAAUGGUUUGUUCCAACUCCAGCCCCGUCGAUUCCUCCGAAUCCAUUCUUUACGCCUCCAAAUAAUAGCCCUGUAUUUGGAGAAUCUUUUUCGCAAUCCAAGAAUCUUACUCAACCAACACCACCGCAAAAACAAGAAUCUUAUGAUCCCUAUAUUCCUAUUGGCAUUGGAAACGCUAAUUUUGUGCCGCAAGGCACGCAGAAUGUUCGUCCGAUUGAUCUUCAACAUCGGCGCAACAUGCGAAUCGGAGGGUUCGCGAAGAACAAUGCAGUGCAAACGCCAAUCGCAUUGCCAGUCGCGGGACAGAUAGAUACGCCAUUGAAUAUCGCCAAAGAGAAAGAAUUCGGAAAUUUCGGAACACCAUCGCAAUUCCAGAAAAAGCUACCCCCUCCUAUCGAUUACUCGGUCGAUAGUGUUGCGGUUGUGCAAAAGAAACCCGAUGAAAUUGCAAUUCCCUAUCGGGAAAAUGCGAAAAACUACUAUGGAAGAUCCGCAGUUCCAGAAAAAUCAUCAGAACAAUUGAGAAAAUUUGUGAAAGUGCAUCCGCAUGUCGCCGGUAAUAUUCAGCCGCCAAUGAUUUAUCGCGGAAAGGAGCUUGUGAUACCAAAAAUGUUCAAUUUCACAAAUCAAGUUGCACCUCCAUUGCCACCUCAACCAAUGGCUCCUCAACAAAUUGUUCCACAACCUCUGAGCUAUUUUCCGACGAUGAACCCAAAUCAGAAGCUUGAUUUGUGUUGCAGAAAACAACGAGUGUCGCCGAUAUGCCAGAAUUUGUGCAAUUUCGACACGUUUAAUGAUAAAUCUCUUGUUUCCGCGUUCUUGACCAACCAAUGCCCGGGACCACAACUCGGUCAAGCCUACGAUUGUGCGUCCUCAAAAGCGGACCAUUCAAUGUGCUGCGAGCGAGCCGGUCUUCUAUCGUUCCAAGCCGGAAAAUGUAUGCCAUUCUGUCGGACGCACGUCGCCACACCGGCCAACGUAUUCGACUAUUUCGUCUGUCUUCAGGUGUUCGAAGCAGUGAAGGGUUGCUACCGCGAAUACCAAUUCACGCAUCCAAACAUAUUCGGAGAUUGA